GGUCAGAGGCAGCAGAGUGUCGGGAACUCCAGCAGUUCCUCUCUAUAUAUUUCCACUGAGGCUCUGUUUUUGGGAUUCAUUCAUCCCCGUCAGAGCUGCUGCUCGGUCCGCCCGGACAGGAUCUCCUCGUCCAUCCACCCGUCCAUACACCUAUCCGUGUUCACCUCCCCCUCUGCCCAGAGGUGCGCAGCGUCCGCAUCUGCACCUCAGAAGGUCAGACACAUUAUUUUCGAUCAUCGGACCUGUCAACUUUUUUCUUUCUUUUUUUCCUCUCUUUCCUCCCAUUUCUGUCCUCUUGAUUUCAUCACCGGAGGAAUUACUACUGAAUUCAGCGGUCACCGACGCUGCUUCCUGGAUGGAGGAUGUUUGGGGCUGACCUCGGAGAUCACUGACUGGCUCGCUGAGUUUCUCUCGUCACAGCUGCUGUCAUGGCCAAAAGCCCGGAGGUGAAGCUGGCCGUCUUCGGCAGAGCCGGGGUGGGAAAGUCAGCUCUGGUGGUGAGAUUUCUGACCAGACGCUUCAUCUGGGAGUAUGACCCCACACUUGAAUCAACAUAUCGUCAUCAAGCCAAUAUCGACGAUGAGGCUGUCACCAUGGAGAUUCUGGACACUGCAGGCCAGGAGGACAUCCAGCAGAGGGAGGGUCACAUGCGUUGGGGUGACGGCUUUGUCCUUGUGUAUGACAUCACGGAUCGGGGAAGCUUUGAGGAGGUGGGGCCGCUCCGAAGCCUCCUAGAGGAGGUGAAGAAACCGAAGAACGUUCCUCUGGUUCUGGUGGGCAACAAGUCUGACCUGGACCACGUCCGGCAAGUCGGCACAGAGGAAGGAGAGCGGCUGGCAGCCGAAAUGGCGUGUGCCUUCUACGAAUGCUCUGCCUGUGCCGACGAGGGCGGCGCUGUGGCCGAGGCUUUCCACGAGCUCUGCAGAGAGGUGAGACGCCGCAAGGCUGUUCAGGGAAAAGCCAGACGCCGCAGCUCCACCACUCAUGUCAAACAGGCCAUCAACAAGAUGCUGACCAAGAUCAGCAGCUAGGGAAGAGCCAUGCUACCGCCUGAUGACAGGAACAAAAAUUGCUUUUCUCGCUGAAAUGUUUUGGACCAUCAGUGGACGAUGACUGAUUUAAGUGUGAAAUGUGUUUUUCUGUUAUUCUCUAAUUGUUAUUCGAUGAAAAAAAAUAAAAUCCAAGUGCACUGUCUUUUCAGGCUGUAAGAGACAGUUAAUGACACUUGGCUUGGGAGCCAUAAAAGAUGAUUUCUCAUUAAAAAAAAAAAAAAAUUGAAAUGCUUUUAGAUUGAGAUGACAGACAUUGAUGAGUCAUGUCGACUAGCUAAGAUCACAAAGGAUCAGGAACAUGGCAAGGUUCUUGAUUUUUUUUUUUCUUUUAUUCUUUCAUCAAACAAACUGACAUAUUAAACAAACCAGAGGGUAUCCAGAAAAUGAUUCAUGCAAGCUCUCCUAUUUAACAUGCAGGGAAUCCAAAACUUUGACAUUGCACAGUAAGAUUUAGAGUUUCCUGCUUCUAUCUCAUGUGUAGGGGCUGUUGUACUAUUCUGUCAGCAGCAGUCAAAGAACUUCAGGAGCAGAGGACUCCUUUUAGAUAAACGUAGAUCUACUGUGUUUCACUCAUUUCGGUUCCAGACAGAUCUACAAAGCUGUCCGUCUCUGUCUUGCAAGCAAUCCUUACGAUCAAGUCUACUAUGUUCCUUUGACAUUAGCUGUCAGGGUGUGUGUGUGUUUGUCCAGGACUCGUGAACUGAACAUUUUUCCCUCAAGGAACCCAAAGCACCGCAGGUUUGGAACGUCUUAAAGCUAAUAUGCAUACAAUAUCUGUUGUUUUCUCUAAAUCAGGGGUGUCCAACUCCAGGCCUCAAUGGCCGGUAUCCUGCAGGUUUUAGAUCUCACCCUGGCUCAACACACCUGAAUCACAUGAUUAGUUUAUUACCAGGCCUCUGGAGAACUUCAAGACAUGUUGAGGAGGUCAUUUAGCCAUUUGAAUCAGCUGUGUUGGAUCAAGGACACGUCUAAAACCUGCAGGACACCGGCCCUCGAGGCCUGGAGUUGGACACCCCUGCUCUAAACAAAAGGAAGCAACAUCACAUACUUGGGAUGUUCUUCACGGCGAUAAUGUUAAUACUGUAAACUACAGCAUGCUCGACAGAAUAUAUAGCCUUAAGCACUGCUGUGUGUACAGAACCAAGAGUCAUCUAUAAUAGAAUAUACUGUAAUUGUAGAAAUGUGAUAUCUAUGUGAACUUCUCUGAUGAAACUAAUCAGCUGUGCACUUACAAUAAAAG